GGAGCCGCCUGCCUGGAGCUCUUUACCGCCGGGGUCCCGGCCUUCGUGCUGGACACCGAGGCCUCCAUCAGCAACGGGGCCACCUUCCUGGGCUCCCCCACCGUGCGCCGGGACUGGGACUGCGUCCGCGCCUGCUGCGCCACGCACAGCUGCAACCUGGCGCUGGUGGAGCUGCGGCCCAACGGCCUGGAGGACGACACCCCCUCCUGCUUCCUCAUGAACUGCCUCUACGAGCAGAGCUUCGUGUGCAAGUUCGCGGCCCGGGAGGGCUUCAUCAACUACCUCACGCGGAAGGUGUACAGCUCCUACCGGGAGCUUCAAACCCAGGGCUUUGGAGGGUCCCGGGCCCUCAAGAGCAUGAACUUGAAGGUGCAACCGCAGGAGCCCCUAGUGCUGAAGAGUGGGGCGAACGCAGAUUGGCACCUGCUGCAAGGUGACCCUGCCGUCAGGGUAGAGAAAAAUGACCCAGACCACGUCCAGCUGUGGGGGCUCAAGGAAGGCACCUACCUGUUCCAGCUGACAGUGGCCAGCUCUGACCAGCCAGAUGACACCGCCAAUGUCACGGUCACUGUGCUGUCUGCCAAGGAGACGGAAGAAUAUUGCCUGGCCUCCUACAAGGUGGGCCGCUGCCGGAGCUCCUUCCCCCGCUGGUACUACGACCCCACGGAGCAGAUCUGCAAGAGCUUCGUCUUCGGCGGCUGCAUGGGCAACAAGAACAACUACCUGCGGGAGGAAGAGUGCAAGCUGGCCUGCCGAGACGUGCAAGGCCCCUCCUUGGAAAGGCACCAUCCAGUGUGCUCUGGCACCUGCCAGGCCACCCAGUUCCGCUGCAGCAAUGGCUGCUGCAUCGACAGCUUCCUGGAGUGCGACGACACCCCCGACUGCCCCGAUGCGUCUGACGAGGCCACCUGUGAGAAAUACGUCAGCAGCUUUGACGAGCUCCAGCGCUUCCACUUCCCCAGUGAGAAAGGGCACUGCGUGGACCUGCCAGACACGGGGGUCUGCCAGGAAAGCAUCUCCCGCUGGUACUACAACCCCUUCAUCGAGCGCUGCGCCCGCUUUACCUAUGGUGGUUGUCACGGCAACAGGAACAACUUUGAGGAGGAGCGGCAGUGCCUGGAGUCCUGCCAAGGCGUCUCCAAGAAGGACGUGUUUGGUCUGAGGCGAGAAAACCCCAUCCCCAAUGUGGGCUCUGUGGAGGUAGCCGUGGCAGUGCUGCUGGCCACCUGCAUCGUGGUGGUGGCAGGCGUCCUGGGCUACUGCUUCUUCAAGAACCAGAGGAAGGACUUCCACAGCCACCGCCGCCACCCACCACCCACCCCUGCCAGCUCCACCGUCUCCACCACUGAGGACACGGAGCACCUCGUCUACAACCACACGACCCAACCCCUCUGAGCUGGCAGCCGCCUGGCGGCAAGGGCACUCGCCAGCUCACCAGGCCUUUGCUUCCUCCUCGCCAAGGCAAAGAGGCCUGGACUGGCUAAGACUUUGGGACCAGACGCCUCCUGCCUGUGCCCCAAGCCCACUGCUCAGAGCCUGGCCUCCACCCGGCUCCUCCUGGAGGCAGCUCCCCUGAGCCCGAGCCCGCGUUCCUGAGGAAGCUCAAGGGUCGGGUCGAGCCAGAGCCAGUGGACCUACCUGUCUCCUCAACUGCCUGCCUAGAAUCUCGGGGGCUGUUGACGUUUCUCGUGUUCAAAACUGCCCACCCUACCCCACGGCUACCUCAGGGUGGGGAGGGACCUGGGGCGACACCAACCUUGUCCAGGUGCCAACCCUGCCCUCCCCAAACUGCCCCCCUCUGCCCAGUCCAGGGCAAGGCGGAAGGACCUCUGUAUAUUUUGUGCUGUAAAAAGUUGCUUUCUGUUUAUUUAAUGCGGUGGGGAGUGGGAGGUGGCUUUUCUCUCUUCCUCUUCCUCUGUUAUUGAGCUCUCUGGGCUCCAAUGCCCCUUUCAGGCCUGGUCUUGCUGACAGAGCCAGAGAAAAGACAGGGGCGUGGAAGGAUGCACCCCCCCAUCCCCUCCACCCUCCCUGGUUCUGCCUCGGCACAUCUCCGUCCCGCCCCACUUCCCAUAGGCACCAGUGUAAUAAAGUGGUUUGGUCUGUA